AUCUAAGAAGCAAAAAUAAAUUAAACAGUCAGGAAAAAGGUGGUGUCACACAUGCCAUCAACCAAGUGUAACAUGAGGAAAUAGUACUACACAUCCAAAUUUAAAAACAAAACUAAUUUAAAAGAAAAAGAUCAACGCCACAAGCUUCCGUUCAGAAUAUUGCAAAAGGGCAAAAAACAGAAAGUACAAAAAGGAAAAGGAUGCUUAAUUACCCUAACUCUCUUAUCUUGUCAACAUGUCUCCCAUUGUCGAAGUGACGUAGAGAUGUCCACGUCGGAUUCCGACGUGGCUGCAGGAGGACGAGGUCCGACCUGGCGGUCGCCGCUGACGACGUGACUGACGCUGUUGGGCAUCAUGCUUCCCACGACUUCUCGCACUGCCGCCUAAGUCCGUCCAUCAGCAAAUUCUACACGUAUCGUCGAUAGAUUACAUCGAUGACGGUAGCGCAAAGUCAAUGAUACCAUGGGCAGAUCAAAGUAGAAUACGCGGUAAUAUUAUACAGCGUUCCUUCGAGGCCAGGACUCGGGAAUCCGAAAAGCUACACCCGUAUUCGUCGUCAAUUAUUUUGAAAUGUAGGGUCAAGUGGGCAAAUUCCUUGUAUAUCCAAACAACUACGAGAAGAUCUGAGCAGAUGCAGCUGUGACCUCCAUUAGAAUAUGCUGGUCGAAUGAGAAUUCACCGGCAGCACGCAAAGUGAAAUGGGCAGCUGUGACGGAUUAGAUUCCUUCAUAAGUUCAGCUUCGCAUACAUCAUUGGGCCCCGCCCAUACCCAGAGUAAACCAUGCACACCCCAUUCGUGCCUCUGCUCAGCGAUAGAUUUUAUUCAAAAUAGAGCUGUCCUGUUUCACCAAGCUCUCGAGUACGUGCCUUCGUGAUCUGUGCAACGUUUGUAGUUGGGCCAUGGUUCACAAAGUACACCAAGUCCCCAGAUCAAUUGUUGAGGGAGGCUAUCUGUGCCCCACAAUUUUCACAUUACAUGAGUUGAUAGUCGUGGUCCUCAUCUUCACUGGAUCAUCUGUAAAUUGUAUGUCUCUCAACUUUCAAUGGAACUGGCAUUUAUCUCAUCUUUUCGAGAGUAGAGUUCGAAUAGUUACACUUAGUUCUUGAAUCUUGGUUGAUGAGAGUGUGAUGUCGAGGGCUACGGCGUGCCAGCAUGGAAGCAUUUCAAUCGAGUAACGGUGCUGACUCCUUGCUCACUCUCCUGCUUAGUGUUGGAAUUGAGUCGGGUGUGGGGAAGAGGAAGAACACACCUGUGAACGAGUUCGGGGUUACACAAUUGCUUUGACAGGAUUGCAGAUUGGAAAGGAUGUUCGCUGAGUAGUCGGUGGGGCGCCUACUGCUGGGAUCAUAGGCAUCUGCAGGGGGGUAGAUAAUCCUUCGAGAAGCUCCUCGUAUCCUUGUCAGGAGCUCGUACUGAUAAGCUCCAUAAGUCAUCUUUCGCUUAAACAGCUUCCACUGCAAAAAUCGAAGUGGGGAGACGGAGCCACUGCGAAUAACUCGGAAUUUUUCAAUCCCUGCAAUAGAUUCGUGAAGUCGUGGCCGAGCUUCUCUUCAAAACGUCCCCUUGUUUUCUUGGGUUUUGUGUUACCAAAUUUAUUGUCCUCCUGAACCGAUCAGCACAUAAUGUCAAAUUGCGAAUCAGAACUUGGGGCACCAUCUCUAUACCUUGUCUCCAGCUAUGCGUUGGAGGCCGCACAAGUUUUGGCAUGCGUUCAGAAGAUACCCCAAGUGAUGUCACAUGUAGAAGUUUACUCUUAGCUGUCGAUGUAGGACUGCGAAAUUUAAUCUAACCCUAAUUCCAUUUCUAUCUUGAGAUUUACGUAGUAUGUGUGUGCAACCCUCCUCCUCCUGAUUAUUAAUUAGAACCAAGUAUGGCGCAAGGCGCAGGGCGCUAUACUACCACUGGCUUGAACUUGGAUAUAGAACACAGAUUAGAUGAAGGACUCGUUCCAUUUCUACCUGAUGACAUGGCUCUGCAGUGCCUGCUCCGAGUUCCAGUCCAAUCCCACUCUCGGCUGCAGAACGUUUGUCGAAAAUGGCGAGAUCUGGUAAACAGCAGAAAAUUUUACGAGCACCGGAAGAAGGAGGGAACUACACGACAAUGCGUCUGCUUGUCGCAAGCCAUAACGCGUGACAACUCAGAAUCUCAACAGCGUCCCAUGUUCAGCGUGAGCGUCUCGAACGAUAGAAACUCUUGGGAGAGAUUGCCACCAAUUCCUGACUUCGACCACCAAAGCUUACCACUCUUCAGCCGAUUUGCCGCCGUCGAGGGAUGCCUGGUGGUUCUCGGGGGAUGGGACUCCAUAACUAUGGAAGAGCUACGAUCCGUUUACAUUUUUAGCUUCUCCUCGUGGACAUGGCGUCGGAGCGCGGACAUGCCUACCACCCGAUCCUUCUUCUCUUGCGGAGUUGUCCAGGACACCAUCCUCGUCGCAGGAGGCCAUGACACUGACAAGAACGCCCUCCGUACCGCGGCUCGUUACAAGUUCCAAGAGGAUAUCUGGGAAAUAUUACCUAACAUGCACACAGAACGAGAUGAGUGCGCGAGUGCCGUCCUCGACGGCAAUUUCUACGUCAUUAGCGGCUAUAUCACCUCUGCCCAAGGGGAGUUUCGCCGCGACGCCGAGGUUUACGAUCCAGUGCUCAACGAAUGGAAACAACUCGACAACAUGUGCCCUGCAGAUUCCAAGGCUGUUAAACCAAGCAGUAUCGUCGCCACAGCGGGUACGCUCUUCGCCUUCCACCACAACCAACUCAUCGCCUACUCCCCAGCUGAAAAUCUCUGGCACCUGAUGGACAUUAUCCCAAAGGACUCUAGCGGGAUCUCCUACGCCACCUGCGUGACGGCGAUCGGCAACAGCAUCAUCGUCACUGGACCUUCCAACACCGACGGCGACACUCACAGAACCUUAGUUUACAAGCUGCCUUCCAGCAUGGACUCCGGGAAUGACAACAUGUGCAACGGACGUUGGGAGAUGCUGCCUGCUGACGAGAACUUCCUGGGCAUCGCACAGGUCUCCUGCGUCGUCGAGCUCUAAUGUACCAUACCCAAUCCUUGUAAGAUAGUCAGCUUUUCUACGAGGCAUUCACCUUCUCCUGCAUUCGACGUCCAGAUUCGGCGAACUGCAUUUGCUUCGUUCGCUGCACUGAUCCGUAUCCGUAUUGGUUUGAUUUUACUGACACUACUGAUCCAUAUAUGUUGAAAUUUGUUGUUUGCAAACAUUGUAAGGACACCAUUGCCAAUUUACAAGAAGAGUGAGUAGGCAAUGAUUCAUCUUUUCUUAAAAGAAACCAAAUCUUUUAAUAUUAAAAUAGAGUGCCUCAAGAAAUUUGGUUCCUAAGAAGAACUUGAAUGGCAUUUUAGCUAUAGCAACAACAAGAAGAAGGCUUUUGCUUCUAGUUCUUCUAGAGCUCCACCAAUUAGCAAGUUCAUGCUAUCAAAGGUGAUCAUAGCUAUUAGGAGAAUAUUUGGCAAUGCAUUUGGCAAUUCAUUAUUUUGUAAUAGUAAUUGCAAUCUAAAGAGUCAAGAAAGAGAAUUUCAAAUUUGCAAUAAUA